AUGCACCUUGCAUUUUGGCCGCAAAGGGACCCUAGAGGCAGGUUAACGCAAGGGGUCGUGGAUGCCAUCGAGAACUCACGUAUCUACUCUCCUCGAAUCCGUGAAGAGCUUUUGAAGAGUUCUUACCGAAAGGAAGGAUCAAUUACAUCAAAAUAUUGGAAGAAAGACAGUCGCGACGAUGUGGAUCACAAGAAAGGAGAAAGGUUGCCGUCGUCAACAAAGAAGGCUUCCCAGAAGAUAGGAUACGAACCCGCAUACAAAGCAAGGCAGCCAUUUGACAAUCUGGCACUUGGACGACCUCCUACACCGAAGCCAAGAAAUCUGCUCAGCAGACGAGCUAGCUCCAUGCCUCCCAUGGGAUGUACCGAAGUUGCGGGGUCAACAUUUGAUAGCAGCGGCACAAACGAUGACAGUGAUCAUGUAGAACACUCAAAUCUUGCUGGACGAGACGCUCUUCAACAUGAUGACCCCCCUGUGGCAGCUAGUCCCGAAAUAUCCUCAUCGGCAGUACAUGCACGUACGAUCACUCCUACUGACGCUCGUCGCAAUUCGCACUCAGGAUCCCGCUUGAGGCCACUGGGAAACGGAAAGCGGCUCAAGAGGAGGACCGGCACAUUAUCCAACGGACGUGGGAAGAAGCAGAAUCGGGGAUCUAUUUUUGACUUGGCUGAGGACGAUGGCGACAAUGAGACCAGGCCGCCGGCGAGUUCCACCGCGACAUUAGUCGACCGACCUAAGCAAUCGGUCAGUAAGAAAUGCACUCCACGAAAACUUUACCUUCCACGAUGA